AUGAUUAGUUACGAUAAGUUGAAGAGGAUUAUGCCGAUUUUGGAGUGGGGACCGAAGUAUCGGUUGGUUGAACUUCAGGGUGACCUGAUAGCUGGUUUCACAGUAGGUCUGACCGUAUUGCCACAAUCGAUCGCUUAUGCCAGCAUCGCUAAUGUACCACCGCAGUACGGACUCUACUCGGCAUUCAUCGGUAGUUUCGUGUAUGCUGUAUUCGGCGGUUCUAAGGACAUCACCCUAGGCCCGUCAGCCAUCAUGAGCAUUCUGACGGCCACCUACGGUAAAAAUCCGAUCGAUAAAGAUCCGACUUAUGCAGUGGUGUUGGGCUUUUUUACCGGUAUUGUGCAGCUCAUUAUGUGGCUCGUCGGAUUCGGGGCCUUCUGUGAUUUCAUUUCUUUCCCCGUCAUGAAGGCCUUCACGACAGCCGCUGCUAUAACCAUCGGCAUGACCCAGGUCAAGAAAUGGUGGGGUUUGAAGAAGGUGUCUAGAGAUUUCAUACCUCAACUGAUACAGACGAUACAAAAAAUACCGGAAACGAGAUUAUGGGAUUUCCUAAUGGGCGUCGUCUGCAUCUUUUUCAUCGUCUUCUUUCGGAAAAUUAAAGAGCUAAAAGUUUGGUCAAAACCACCAGCUAAUUUUCCAAUGAAGUUGCUCAGUCAAUUCGUCUGGCUUAUUGGGACUGCUCGAAACAUCAUCGUCAUAGUUGGUGCCUCCAUAGUGGCCUUCAUAUUUUUAGACAACAAAAUGCGCCCCUUCUCUCUCAUUGGCUACAUUCCUCCGGGCAUACCCUCCUUUCAGACGCCGCAGUUUACUUUAUACGACCCCAAAAAGAACGUCACCUAUGACGUCAGCGACAUGUCAUCGACGAUAGGGAUAGGGUUCUUAAUUGUACCAAUGGUAGGUCUCAUUGAAGCCAUGGCUAUUGGAAGAGUAUUUGCCCGUAAGUUCAAUUACAAAAUGGACCCCAACCAAGAAUUUCUAAGUUAUGGCAUUGGAAACUUGUUGGGAGCCUUCGUAAUGGGGUACCCAAUCACAGGAACCUUUUCAAGAACGGCCUUGAACGCUGCUAGCGGCGUGAAAACUCCAGCCGGUGGCAUCGUAACAGGUGCCCUGGUGCUGAUAGCCCUGCAGUUUCUCACUCCAUUAUUCUACUACAUCCCAGAAGCUGCCCUGGCGGUUGUCAUCAUCAUGGCCGUCCUUGACAUGAUGACCUUCCAUAAGUUCUGGAUCAUCUGGAGGACUAGGAGAAUUGAUCUUCUUCCUUGGAUUGUAACGUUCAUUCUCUCAUUCAUUCUUAGUGUCGAGUUCGGAAUAGCCAUAGGUGUCGCCGUGUCAUUCGCCAUUCUUAUCUACCCAAUGGCCAGGCCAAAAGUUAAGCUCUUAGAUAUUGAUGAUGCCGAAUGGAGGAAAUUGUACGGCCAACAAGAUAAGAUGAACAUUAUGGUGGCCAGGGUCAAUAUCGGCCUUAUGUAUCCGGCCGUAGCUUAUAUUAAAGAUAAAGUUAAAAAUAAGAUUUCAGAAAUGAAGUUGGACGGCUUGAUACUUGACAUGGUAAAUAUGGCUAUUGUCGAUACAACAGCUAUGCAGGGAAUGAGAGAACUGUUGGAGGAACUGCACAAAACUAACGUCAUGGUUGUAGCAUGUAACUUGCAAAAACAGCCGAGCACGAUGUUCAGACGCGCGAAACCAAAAUACUUUUUCAAAGCCGGCAAUAUCGAAGAAGCUAUAACUGUGAUCGCUCAAAUAAAAUCAGGAAACAGUUUGAAACUGGUCAACAGUAACAGCAAAAACAGCAAAUUUACCAAAAAUCAUAAAAUGAUAAGCGACAAUCAAGGUUUGACGGAGAUACAGCUAAGCGGAAGUGUUAGCGGAAGUACUAUUCCGCUAUAUCCGAUCAAAAACAUCCAAAGAUUAGAUAUAGAUCAAGAUAACUUUGUUGUUAAUAAUAGAUUUUCUGAUAACAAUCAAAAUAUCGCCCAACGAUUUUGAUAAACUUCAAUUUUUACGCACUAAUUUUUCUGGUAAACUUGAUUGAUAUUAUUAUUAUCAUUAAUUAAUUAUUAAUAUUCUUAUUUUUUAUGAUUGUUAAUAUUAUUAAUUAUUAUUUUUUGUAUUAUUGUAAGAAUAAAUUAAGCAUGGAUUACGAUUAUAGAGAUAAAUUGAAGUAAUAUCUCCACAAACCACCUUGUUAUUUCAACAACGUCAUCAUUAUUAUUAUCAUCACAAUCAUCAUCAUCACCACAAUCAUCAUCAUCAUCAUUGCCACCACAAUCAUCAUCAUCAUCAUCACCACAAUCAUCAUCAUCAUCAUUGCCACCACAAUCAUCAUCAUCGCCAUCCAAACUGUGUGAAGGAAAUGAUUCUGUCAAAUCAUUGACACGUAUCAAACUGCGCGUUCUAUUAUGCAAUUUCACAAAUUAUAAUAUAAUAUUUAGUAAUAAUAAUAAUUAUUAUUAUUAAUAUAAUUAUAUUAAUAAUAAUAAU